AUGGGUCCAAUGGCUGAAAAUCGGUUACUAAGAGGACAUCCAGUCGGGGGCUAUUCCUCUCCGUUUAUUUACUGUCUUGAGCUCACAGUAAUUUUAUAUCUCAUCGCUGCAGAUGAAUCCGUCAGCGACAAAAUCUGCGGAAACGAGAAGGGAAAGUCCUCUACCGUGAAGGAGAUAUCAGUGCAACCCUCGCAGAAGAUGGAAGAAGGAGUAAACCAUGUUUCUGCCGUCGUCUCUACCUCUGCCACUCCUGCUACCUCAAGUCCUUCAACAAUGAGGCUCUCCUCCUCCUGUCCUCUCACUGAGAAGAUGUCCUGGGCCAUCAGCGAUCGAAGUUUGCAGGAUAUUCCACGUCGUGCCUAUGCGCGUCACACCCUGUUACACUCGGAGGCGGUGGUUCAAGUCGACUACUGGCUGGAGCAGCGCUGUCCUCUUGCUUACCUUGGCUGCCCUUUCUCGGUAGUGCGCCUAAGACCUAACUCACCAGCUGCUAACCUAGCUUACAUGCCCACCGUAAACGCCUUUACCGUACGUUACACCUCCGCUAAUACCUCCGAUUCGAGUACUUCACUCUCCGCUACAAGCAAGAUGACGUCAACCUACCCCCUUGACACCACCUCUACUAGUAGCACUGCCAUCCAUGCUAACUCCGGAAUCGCUUCCGUAGGUCUAUCACCUACAACUGUCGCCACAGUCUGCCGUCUUGAACAACUGCCUCUUCAAGUUCUUAAGCGAAUAAUUAACAUGCUCGACGAGGUAAGUCAUUCGGGGUUUUAA